AAUAUUCUAACUAAAGAAAAGAGAGAAAGAAAGAAAGAGGAGGUUUAAUUUUCCAGUCAAGGCUCUUCUCUUCUGUAUGCUUAACCUGUCAAACUCUUCUUUUCUCUAACAGAAAGAUUUGCGUACUGUUACGGCAAUGGUAACUGGUUGGCGACGAGCUUUUUGUACUUCAAUACCUAAAGAGAAACAAACAACGGUGCUGACCGAUAAGCAGCACAAGGAACAAAAAGAGCAACAACAUUGUAAUAGCCAGAGCCCCAGAUUGAGUUCUAAAUUUGGGUUUUUUUCGAAUCCUUCAACUCCUAAAUUACACUCUCAGCCAGUUUCCAGCCCCGGCAUCAGAUGCAAAACCACCGCUACGACUUCGGUUCCCAAUAGCCCCAGACUGCAAUGCAAAACCUCUACUGAUUCUAGUGCAAAUCUAUCUUCUCCCAAAUCUCCCUCCAGCUUCUCUUUUCUUAAAGCCACCCUACGUCUCUCAAAAAGUCGAUGUGGAAUCUGUUUUCAGAGAGUGAAAACUGGACAAGGAACCGCCAUUUUCACGGCGGAGUGUUCUCAUACAUUUCAUUUCCCUUGCAUAACAAAUCAAGUCAACAUCAACAACAAGAGCCAUCUUUUAAUCUGUCCGGUUUGUAACUCUCACUGGAAACAACUCCCUCUUCUUACUCGCCAACACCAUCAACCCCUUCACCAACCAUCAAAAGCUUUCAAAGUUUAUAACGACGACGAGCCUUUGACAUCUUCAAUCUCUUUAUCUCACUUCAAUACCAUUCUUGAAUCCUCCGAAGAAGAAGAAUCCAAUCAAGAGUUCCAAGGAUUCUUUCCCACCAUUAAUACCUCCACCACCGCCGCUGCCGCUACGUCCAAUGUUCAUAUAGCUUUGUUGCCUGAGGCGGCUGUGGUUACGGUUGGGAGGAGUUAUGAAACGUGCGCUAUGGUUUUGAAGGUUAAGGCGCCUCCUUGUGCUGGAGCGCGUGCAAUAAGACGCGCUCCUAUUGAUUUAGUGACGGUUUUGGAUGUGAGUUUGAGCAUGGGAGGGUCCAAGCUUCAGAUGAUCAAGCGAUUCAUGCGGUUGGUGAUUUCGAAUUUAAGCGCAUCAGAUCGUUUAUCCAUCGUUGCGUUUUCUACUACUUCGAAAAGAUUAUUGCCGUUACGGCGUAUGACCACAAAUGGACGGAGGUCCGCACGGCGAAUCGUUGACGCCAUUGGUACAACAACGGGUCAAGGAAUUACUGUAAGCGACGCGCUGAAAAAAGCGGCCAAAGUGCUCGAGGAUCGACGCGAGAGAAAUUCCUUCUCUACGAUUCUGAUUUUGUCACAAAGAAACUCCUCUUCAAAUCAGGGCCGUUCAUUGCCUGUCGUGUCGUCCACGCGCUUUUCACACUCUGAUAUCCCUGUACAUUCCAUUGGAUUCAGUGACAACGGCGCGUCAAACCACCCCCCGCAUGAUGAGGCGUUUUCCAAAUUCAUUGGCCGAUUAUUAAGCGUGGAGGUCCAGGAUCUGAAGCUCCAACUGAGUUUCAUAUCCGGAUCGGGUCAAGCAGAGAUAACGGGUGUUUAUUCUCUAACGGGCCGGCCCGCAUCUCUCGGAUUAGGGUCAAUUCCGGUUGGGGAUUUAUACCCGGAGGAAGAGCGAGAACUGUUAAUAGAAUUGAAAGUGACCCGUUCAUCAAUCGGGUCCCACCAUGUGUUGACCGUACGGUCUUCUUACAAGGACCCAUCUUCAGAAAUAAUCCGCUACAAGGAGCAAUCGAUGUUGGCACCUAAACCUCUAGCCGUUAGAUCCUCAACUCCCAACAUCGCACGGUUAAGGAAUCUCCACGUCACCACACGAACUGUUGCUGAAUCGAGGAGAUUAAUCGAGAUUAAUGACUUGUCGGGAGCUUACCACUUAUUGUCUUCAGCUCGAGCAUUGUUGAUGCGGGAGAGAACCGGCUCGGCUGAGGAGUAUGUACUCAGCUUGGAAGCCGAGCUGACCGAGAUGCAGAAGCGCAGACAGCAGCAGGUGCAAGGUCAUAGGGCGAGAGUGAAUGGGCAAACGGCGCAGGAGAAGGCAGAGCCGCAAACGCCGACAUCGGCUUGGAGAGCGGCAGAGAGAUUGGCUAAAGUGGCUAUUAAGAGGAAACAUAUGAACAGAGUAAGCGAUUUGCACGGCUUUGAAAAUGCAAGGUUUUAAUAUUUAAGAUUAAAAAAUAUUUAAAUAUAUAAUAUUUGUAAUGCAGAGGGAAAUAUAAAUAUUAUUAUUAUGAAUUAGAAUAAAUAAAAUAAAAUUUUUGAAGUAAGGGAUCGUAAAUGGUGAGGAGGGGUAGAGCCUUUCUGCAGAAGGAAACCCUACAAGCCACCUGAAGUUGAUUGUAAUUAUUAUUAAAUUGAUAAAAAAAUGAUUGAAAUUGGUAGGGAAUGGAAUAUGGGGGGGCUGGCGGGGCUGGGGGGGCUUCGUUUGUUUGUUUGUUUGUUUGUUUUUGUACGUAUGGCUGGUUUUAAUUUCAAAAUGAAUAAAAGUUUAUUAGAAUUAAGAGGGACCUUUUGGUACAAUUGAAAAGGGCACUUGGAAUGAAAGAAAUGGGUGAAGAAUGAUUUGAUUGUUUUAA